CGAAAACAUUUCUGAACAAUGAAUUUGUAAUAAUAAAGUUAUAAUUUUUAAAUAAAUUGACUCGUUGGAUUAGAAGCAACCCUCGAGAUUGAAUUUUAAAAAAAUGGAUGCACUCUCUAGCUCUGUGUGGUUACUGAUCGCCUUUGGGGUACUCGCGUUGUCCGGUGCACAGAAGACUCCGGAAAUCACCUACAACAUCACCGAAGAACUGCCCCUCGGUACCAAAGUGGGCAGCAUGUCCGACCUGCCCAACUUCUUCUCCAACGUCACCGACCGGAAGCAGAUUCAGUACAUCAUCCUGGGCCAGGGCAGUCCGCUGUUCAACAUCAGCAGCGCUGACGGCGUCAUCACGGUGGCGCAGCGGAUAGACAGGGACGUCCUGUGUCCGGUGCAGAGGGAUUGCGUUCAGAACAUCACCGUUGUGAUCAAUCAAAACCGGAACUCCGGCUACGAAAGCCGGGUGGUGGCCGUCGGCUUCAGAAUCAUCGACAUCAACGACAAUGCCCCCAGAUUCGACCUUGAGAAGAUCGUUCUGAAGUUCACGGAAGGGAAUUCCCCGGACUCGGUUCUUAAAAUCACUGGUGCGAACGACGCGGACUUUAACCCCGAGUUCAAGGUCAAAAACUACGCGCUCAACAAGUUCAGGAACGUAUUCGACCUGUCGGCGUCGAAGGCUUUGGACGGGAGUUCCGAAAUAGAACUACGCCUUAGAAAGUCUUUGGACCGGGAAACUGUACCACUAUACGACUUCACGAUCACCGCCUACGACGGCGGGUCCCCGCCCCUGUCAUCUGUGCUGAACGUCACCAUAGAGGUGACCGACGUGAACGACAACACCCCUGUCUUUCUCAACCACACGUACGCCGUGUCGCUGGAUGGGAAAAUCUCGAUCGGUACGGUCAUACUUCAAGUCUCAGCAACGGACGCCGAUGAAGGAAAAAACGCCCUGGUGAGCUACGAUUUCAGCAGCAUUCAUAAAACCUCGGUUGAACACUUUUACCAGAUCGACCCCGCCAGCGGAAACAUCUCCGUUGUCGGUCCUCUGAAACCCGGGACCAUGGAAUUUAUCGUGGAGGCGCAGGACUCCGGAAAUCCUCCGCUGAAGAUCCAAACUUACGUCAGUGUCAAUGUCGUGAACACGGGAAACACGCCACCCCGAGUUUCUAUAAACACCCUCGGUGGCGGCUCGGACCGUAACGCCGUGGCGUCAGUCCUCGAGCCGGGGGGUCGAGGUCUCUUCGUGGCCCUGGUCAACGUCGAUGACGACGACGGCGAUGACGUAGCCUGCGUCAUUAGCAAUGAGGUGUUCAAGAUGGAGCCCGUGGAGAACAAGGGGUACAAGAUCGUACUGCAAGGCACGGUGGACCGCGAGACGCGAGACACGUACAACCUGUCGGUCGCGUGCGUCGACAAGGGAGACCCGCCGCUCAACACCACCGCCUACCUCACGGUCAAAAUCCAAGACGCCAACGACAACGCCCCUGAAUUCACGCAGAACCGCUAUUCGAGGACGCUCCUGGAAGGGAGAAAGAAAAACGAGUUCGUCUUGAAAGUCAGCGCCGCAGACAAGGACGCGGGUUCGAACGCUGAAACUGUUUACAGCUUCGACCCAGACUACAGGUCAUUCUUUGCCAUGGACCCCAACACUGGGGUCAUCACGGCUGUCGGGGAUCUGGACAGGGAGGCCACCCCGGUUAUGAAAUUCAACGUCUUCGCCACCGACAAGGGUGCUCCGCCCCUGACCAGCACGGCGGAGGUCGUCGUCAUUCUCGAGGACGUCAAUGACAACGCCCCUGAGUUCGACACCAAAAUAUUCAGAUUUCAGGCCUUCGAGGAAGUGCAGAAUGCCUCGAUCAUUGGGGUCCUGGCCGCCCGGGACCUCGACGAAGGCGCCAACAGUCAAAUGGACUUUUUCUUCACCGGUUCCCUCGACGGUGCCGACGGCGCCUUUUCGGUGCUGCCGAACGGCUCGAUUUUGUCCACGUCCAAGCUCGACCGGGAGGAAAGGGUCAACUACUCGUUCUCCGUGAUGGUGCGGGACAAGGGAAACCCCCCUUUGAUGUCCACGGCGAGUGUCGUGAUCGAAGUGCUAGACAUUAACGACAACGCGCCGAUCAUCUUGUUCCCGAAGACGCCGAAUCACACGAUCCUGAUCUCAACGUUCCCGGAACCCGGCGCCAUCCUGAGCAAGGUCAUCGCCUAUGACGAUGACGCCGGCGAAAACGGUACCCUCAGAUUCACCUUGAAUUCCGGAAACGAGGACCGCGCCUUCGAGAUCACGGAAGACACCGGCGAGUUCAAGAUCACAAAUCCGUCAAAUCUGAAGAACUUCAAGCGGUACGAGAUCGCCAUCACGGUCUCGGACAGAGGUCAGCAUCCCAAGUUCAACACGACGUCGCUGAAGGUGGACGUCCAGUUCGACAACAUGACGAGAGAACUCGCCAUCGGUGGCGGUCACAAGAAACAGGAGGACUACAUCAUCAUCGUCGCCGUCGUGGCGGCGGUGACCGUGGUCUUCUCGACGCUGAUCAUCGUCGCCAUCUGCGUGGUCUUCCAGAAGGACCGGGUCAGCCACCGGAAGAACGCCCCGAAGGGAGAUUUCCACAACAUGCACGUCUCCGACGGGUUCAACGACGAGGAGAAGGUGAACACGAUCGUCCGCGACUCACCCUUCGUCGCCAGCAAUCAGCCUUACUCCAUGAACAACUUGUCGUCGCCGCCCAGUGGCGACAAGCAGCUGGGAGGGGGCGAGGACGGGACAUUUUUUCAAGUGAAGCACGGCCACCCGGGCCACAACGAACAAUUCCAGAACUCAGGCAAGGGAAAGGCUGUUAGUUUCAGCAUCGACGAGACGGCCACGCCCUCGCCGAGCUCUCGCCACGCCUCUCCGAGGGACGAGACCCCGCUGUUCUCAACGUUCGGCUCCCCCCACAGCAGGUCCUGUGACGGAGACAUGUACCAGCAGAGGUCAUCUAUGAUGCGACAGGUCAGUGGUGUGAAAUAUGCGCCAGUCAGCACGUGUGUGCAUGUAGGUACACUCAGUGUCAUACAUUGCAUGCUCUGUGGCUCUCAAUAGUUGUAGCACUUUUCCUAGCACUUUUUUUUUACUCCCGUCAUAGGUGUAGCCACCAUUGCUGGUAGCUCUCAUUAGUAGUAUAGCUCUUAUAAGUGGUAGCUUAUGUUAGCCAUAGCUCCCAUUAGUGGCAGCUUUCAUUAUCAGCAUCUCUCAUUAGUGGUAGUCUGCAUUAGCUGUAGCUCUAAUUAUUUGUAGCUUAUUCUGGCUGUAGCCCCUAGUAAAGCACUCUAACUCAAUAUGUGAAAGGCUGAAUCUCACCACAGAACUAAAACUUACAUUAGCAAUUCUCACAUAUCUUCUUGGAUGAUUCAUAUAACAUAGGUACUACAAUAACAUAAGUACUACAAUAACAUUAGUACUACAAUAACAUAAGUACUACAAUAACAUUAGUACUACAAUAACAUUAGUACUACAAUAACAUAAGUACUACAAUAACAUUAGUACUACAAUAACAUUAGUACUACAAUAACAUUAGUACUACAAUAACAUUAGUACUACAAUAACAUUAGUACUACAAUAACAUUAGUACUACAAUAACAUUAGUACUACAAUAACAUUAGUACUACAAUAACAUUAGUACUACAAUAACAUUAGUACUACAAUAACAUUAGUACUACAAUAACAUUAGUACUACAAUAACUAUAUAUAGCUAAUCGCUGGCGUUAUACGACCCUAUUUAUGCACAAAUAUAGCUCAGUAAAUGCAUGCCUGCAAAAACAACCUGUUGUACCCGGAUGUUCUAAUAUUCCAGCACUUUUUCUAUUUACUAACAUUUUUUUUUCUUCGUAAGUCAUAUUUACACAUUUUCUAAUGUCCUUAUAUUUAUAGUCCUCUAGUUUUUGAAGUUAUUUCUCUCUUGUAAUAAUUGGCAUAAAUAUCUGUUGUUGUUUUUUUGUUUUUUUGUAAACACCUGUCUCACAUUCCCUGGACCUGUAUCGGCUAAGUAAAAAUAAACAUUAAUUAAUGCAUAAGAUGCAAUAUUUACGCUUAAAGGGCGUAUGUUUCUCGUAUGUUUCUCGUAUGUUUCUCCGGGUUUGAAUUUUAACAGUCACUAGAUUCAGUUUUUUUUUUGUUUUUUUUUUCUUUUUAAAUAAAAAUUUUUAAUGAAAGAAUAGUAAACACUGGCGUAGCUAGGGAUACUGCCGCGUGCUCUCUAACCCAGACCGUUUCUUAUACUUGCCUCUCUAAACAUGAAUACGGACCGCCACUGUGCACCAGCCCUAAAUGCCAAUAGCGCCGCAUAUCAGAUUUUGGCAACUGGACGCAGACGCACGGACAGAAAACAGAACACACAUUUUUAAAAAUUAAUAUUGACCCCAUUGAUUCUCCGCGUCAUCCAACUCCUUAUGUACGGUUCAAUGACAUUAUUUUCAAACUGCAACAAACUUUCUUUUAAUCUUGUACAUGUCAAGGUGGAAACAUUAAAAAGGGGGUACAAAGGCCAAGAUUAACAGCUCUGCUAAUGUAAAUACCACCUUUGCCCUUCUAAUAAAAAAAUAUAAAAAACUCUUUAUCGCCGUAUAGUUUACCAGUAACUGAAUCCCAAACUCACUUUAAAGACAGUCACAACUAUUCCGUAACACCUGGAGAAAAUUUGAGCCCAUGCCCCCCCCCCACCCCCCCCCCCACCCNGAGUCCUUGCCGCCCCCCCACCUCCCCCCCACCUCCCCCUCCCACUGCACCGCUGACAUUGCUGUUUCUUUUUUUUUUUGUCCAGAACGACGACGUCACGAGUGACACCUCGGCCGACACCACCACCAGUGACAGUGGGCGGGGCAACAGCGUUGAUGACGUCAAUUUUGAUCAAAUCAUGAAAGGUAAUUAUGUUUACUUUUUUCGGCAUUGUUUUAUGCGUUUAACUCAAAACUAUGUUGGAUCAAAAUACAAAUUACAAGCGGUGUUAAUUUCAAAGUCUGAAACGUUUAAUGUUAUCUUGGACUGGGAAAAAUAGGAAUUUCUUUAAAAAGACAGAUUUGUAAAAAAAAAUAAAAAAAAAAAAAAAAAUUAAAAUUUAUUUUUAUUUAAAGCAAUAGUCUAAAAUUAGAGUAGAGAAGAAUUGUAAAAUCAAGUCUGUUCGUACCGCUGUUGUCACAGCUGCCUUGUGCAUUGUGAAUCUUAGUUUAUCAAAUAAUUAUAUUUAAAAUUUUAAGAUAAGAGAGACUACAGGACGAUAUUAUGAUAGGGCUACGUCCAAAUCAUGCGUAGAGCAAAUAAAUAGAGGAACACGAUAGGUUUAGUUUUGGCAUUAAAACACAAGACUGAGUGGAGCGGAUGUUUCGGCAGGAUGCCUUAUUCGGCUGACAGUGAAAUGCAUUUUUUUUUAAAAAGAGAUUAAUUUAAAUAUAAAAAAUUAAAAAAAAAAUAAUAAUAAUAAAGCUUCUGUUUAUGAAGAUCUCAAAGUCAGUGUAGAUCAAAGUUCGAAACAUGAAGAGCAACAGUACCGUAGAGGGCCCUAAUGAGGCGUCUGGCCGAUACGUGCGAUUCAUUGUCCAGUCUUUUAUUUUAAUUAAAGGCUUACCGUAUUUUGAGACUAACAAAAAUAUUUACUUGUGUUUCAUCUAAAAUUCAAUCGUUCUUCUGUGUUUCAGGCGAACUGUCCCCUCGGCUCAGCUCGCGCAGACGCAGCGACGAGUUCCAGAUGGCGCCCAGAAAGACAAUGGCGCCCGACACCCUGGGCAGGGCGUCGUAUCACGUCAGGUUCUCCCAGACGCCCGACAAAUCGUUCCCGCCCGAACUGCCCCCCAAGCAGAAAUCCUCCUCCAACCCGUACGAGGGUGGGCGCCACUUCUCGCGGGUGGAGUUCAAAGACAAUCCGUUCGCCAGCAAGAUGAUUGGGGUGCACGGCCAACAUCUACCAUCGGCGGCGAACAAUAACAUGCACCAGAAACUCAACCUACUGGCUUCACGUCAGCUGUCGGUGACGUCGAUGGACGACGACGCUUCCACCACGACCUCCGGGAGCUACGUCAUUAACCCAGAUGACUUCAGGAUGGAGACCUUCGUGGGUUCCGACGUGAUUGUGUAAGAAUUGAUUGUGUGAGCAGUGGCCAUUGCGUAAACAGUGAUUGUGUGAGCAGGUGUUUCCGAAAUCAAAUUUGGUGUUAAAUUAACUGUUAGCACUAUUUAAAUUUCAUGGCUUAAGGAAAGACCUUCUCAGAACUAUUUUACAUUAAUGGGAUGAGAUGAGCACUAGAAGGCCUGGCAUUCAUCUCAGAUAAGUUUUUAAGUUCAAACUCAAAUGUAAAAACUCUAAGUCACAUGGAUAAAUAAGUUGGAUUGUGGAUAAAGAUGACUGAUCCAGGAUAAAGACGUUGGACACCAAGCACAACUUACAUCUAUGAAUAUAAUAUGCUUUUUAACUAUUUGUAUGUUGUUUUUUUACACCAGAUUUUACAUCACAUUUACACCACAUUUUUACAUCAUAUUUUACACCACAUAUUACACCACAUUUGACACCACAAUUUUACAUCACAUUUACACCAUAUUUUACAACACAUUUUUACAUCACAUUUACACCACAUUUUCACCACCUUUACAUGAAAAUAUUCCAACUCUACCAUUGGAAAAAGAAACACCAUGACUUAAUGAACCCUUACCAUCCGGCUAACUUACACAGACCACCACUCACCAUUCAAACAGGGCAUGGAUUGUGCAACAUAUCACCCCCGUGUUGCUUUAAGUGGAGACCACCACUCACCAUUCAAACAGGGCAUGGAUUGUACAACCUGUC